UCAAGUGACAGAAUCACAAAAGAAGAUAUUUUGAAGAACAUUGGCAAGCAAACAAUAUUGACCCCCAUUGAUUUCCAUUUUAUGGACACAAAACUAAUGAGACCGUUCUCAAAAUAUGUCAUAGAUGUUUUGAACAUGAGGGUGAAUAAAUGACAGAAGAUCUUUUAUUUUUGGGUGAACUAUCCCCUUUGAAGGAAGCUGUGAACCUAAAAUCAGCCUCUUAUUAUAAAUACACAAUUAAAUCGUAAUUAAAGGAAGUUAUGCACCACAUUACAGGAAAUCUCUGCCUGUUGCAUAAGGCCGGUUAUUGUAUAAUACCGAAGGUUAAAAACUACUGACACAUGUAAAAAUUCAAGUGUAUUCUUCUUAGAUUCGACUUGUGAAGUGACUGCCCAUGUUUCACAUCAGCAUAUUGAUGCAGCUCUCUCUGACGGCUGCCGUGGCUUCAUGGUCAGUUUCAUACAGCCCUAAAUCCAUAUGUGUGUUUGAAAGCUCCUCUGUUGAAUUCAGCUGCUCUUUUGACUUUCCGUAUGGUAGAAUUGUAACUACAAAAUGGUUCAAGCCGAGGGUAAAUGAAAAACAAGAUGGCUCACAGGAGGGAAUGUUUGUCUACCACUCAGAUCCUGCAGAGAUCCACAGACUUUACCAAAAUAGAACAAAGUUUGCAAACCAAGGCAGAAACUGCAGCUUAACAUUACAUAAUGUCUCUAAAAAAGACAUUGGAAGAUACUUCUUUCGCUUUGAAACACAAUAUCAUUAUGGACAAUUCACUGGAAUAAAUGGCAUCAAUCUCAAUGUAGCAGUUCUACCCUUCGGAGUAACAGUGAAUACACAAAAGACAAAUGGAGAGGUCUAUGAAGGGGACUCGGUCACAUUGAGGUGCAGUACAGAAAACUGCACCCCACGACAAGGGUCAUUUGUCUGGUUUAAAAACGGACUUCUGCUACCGCAGGCCACAGAGCAAGAGUUCAGAUUCUCCUCCGUCUCUCACCGGGAUUUUGGCAACUACUCCUGCGGUCUGAAUAACGGCGUCAGAACCUCAACAACAGAAACAUUGCUUGACGUAAGAUACAGUCCAAAAAAUGUGCAAACAACCGUCUUCCCAUCCGGAGAGAUAGAGGAAGGAGACUCAGUGACUCUCAAAUGUAUAAGCAAUGCCAACCCUGCUUUGACAAACUACACCUGGUUCAAAAUCAGCGAUACAAACGUCUCUUAUGUUGGAAGUGAUAGUAAACGCAUACUAAGAACUGUGGGUCAAAAGGAUGCUGGACGAUACUUCUGUGUUGCCAUGAACGACAUGGGUUCUCAUAACUCUACAGUCAUAGAACUGAAAGUCAAAGUGCGAGAUCGUCCACAUUUCUUGUUUUUCACCAUGGCUGCAUUAUUAUUUGGAAUUGCCUUAACAUUGAUUAUCCUCGGACUUAUGAAAAGGAAAAAGAAGUUCAUUUCAAAGAAGCAGUUCUCAGAAAAGACAACUACAGUCAUAUUCACAGAGGAGGUCUAUGAAAACCUGACAAAAUCACUAAAAUUUGAAGAAAACGUUACCAACCUGAUAUAUGCAGAUCUAAUGCUUCCUCCAUCAUAUUCAGACAGACCACGGCACAACACUCAAGAGGACGGUGCAGUGAUCUACAGCAUACCUAAGAACAAAGAAGAGUAUGAGAAGAUCACUGAACAAAUCUAAGCAUAUAAUAAGUUUCAGCAAGCAGGUGUAUAUACUGUACUGUAUUUCUUUAUUUUUAUCCAAAAUAAUCACAUUUCAGUAGUUGUUUCAAUACAUCUAGGGAUGAAUACGAAUCUUUUAAGCAAACACUUAAUAUACUUACAACACAGAAUAAAUGAAUACAGGCAUUAUUGUGGUAUACAUUACAAUGAAUACAAAGUAUGACAAAAAAAAUAUAUACAAUUUACAGUAAAAGUCACAAAUGUUUAAGUUUAUAUACAUCAUGUCCAUCCGCCAUCCGCCUAAUUGUAUUUACAUCCACAGAUAAUAUCAAGAUCAAAAAUGUAUAAAUGAUGCAUUUUUUAAAUGAAAUAUAAAUUGAAAUAUAAAUUAAAAAUUAUAUAAAAAUGUAAUAUAAA